CACUGGUUGGCAGCACUGAUAGGUGGCACUGAUUGGCAUUAAUAUGUGGCACUGACUGACACUGAUGGGUGACACUGAAAGGCAGCUCAGAUGGGCACUGAUAUGUGGCAUUGAUGUGCACUGGUAGGCACUGAUAUGUGGCACUGAUGUGGCACUGAUGGGCACUGACGUAAGGCACUGAUGUACACUGACAUGUGGCACUGCUGGGACUACACAGAUCAUCAGGGCACACUGAUCAUCAGUGCCCUGAUGAUCACUGUCAGCGUGACAGCUCGAGAGGAGAGAAAUGAUGAUAACUGGCAUUUCUCUGUUUACAUGUGAUCAGCUGAUGUGAUUGGACA